AAUUUAUUUAUCACAAAACAAAAAUGAGCAACAUUCCACCCUCUCAACAUCCACCAUAAGCUCCAUAAGCUGUUCCAUUUUAAUAACCAACAUUCUAACCAGGAUUCGCUCCAUAAUAUGCUCCUAGUCCAGUUACAUAUGGACCACCCAUAACAUCAUCUCCAUUGAGAUAUUCACAACCACUUUAUUAAGCACCAGUUGUUUAAUAACCUGUAUAUGCUCAACCAAUUGUUCCUCAACCAGUUUAUGCCCCAUAAGUUGUCUAACAACCAAUAGUAACACAAUCUAUUGUUGCUUAACCAGUUGUUUAAUAAUAAGUUGUUGCUUAACCAGUUGUUUAAUAACAAGUUGUUGCACCAUAACCAAUCUAAGGAGAAAGCAGAAUUGAAUAUAUUCCAUAUGAAAAGACAGUUUUAGAAUAUGAAGAAGUCAGAUAAAGAAUUUAAGUACCAAGAGAGAAAUAUGUUACAGAUUAUUAUGCAGUGGAAUAUCAAACUGAAUAUGUUCCAUAAGUAUUCUAAGAAAAAUACACAGGUAUUAUAAAUAGACAUAUUUUAGAAUAUGUUCCAGUUGAUAGAUAUUAAGAAAGAGUUGAAUAUUAUCCAGUUGAAAGAUAAGUUGUUCAUUAACCAGUUUAAUAAGUCUAAUAAGUUGUAGCUUAACCAGUUGUUUAAUAAUCUGUUUAAGUUGUUUAAUAACCAGUCUAAGUUGUUUAAUAACCAGUUUAAGUUGUAUAACCCUAACCAGUCUAAGUAGUAUAAUAAUAGCCAGUCUAAGUUUACUAAUAACCAAUUGUUUAAUAACCAUUGGUUUAAUCUAUACCUGUUUAAACUGUUAGACCACCUGUAGCUCCUGUUUAUGCUCCAACUACAACUCUUCCUUUAGGAUAAACUGUAUCCCCAAGACAUCCUGGUGUUACUACAGUUCCAGGUAAACCAUUAGAUAAAACUUAAGUAUUACUUUUAUAUUAUUCUAUCUUUAGGGGCCAAAUCAACCAGCUCAAUAAUAGAAUAAGCCAAAGAGUUUCUUAGAUAGACUUUUUGACAGAGAUUGAAAUAAACAAUUAUGAAUAUUUUUAUAAAUGCACAAAUAACAUUUAA